UAACUAAAGUUAUACUCACAGAGCUUUGAGCAAAUAUUUAAAAAAAUGGGACCAGAAGAGGACAAAACAAAUCCAAAAGGAGGAUCAAAUUGUCUUAAGCUUCUUAUCGCCUGUGUCUUCUUCUUCACAACCUGCCUUGUUCCAGUCCAUGGAUUCUUCCUGAAGAGUUGCCGAAUUAGCAACAAUACAGUCAAAUGUGCAACGAUUAGUUCAAAACUCAAAACUAUCCCAAAAGAUAUCCCCCCAACAGUGACGAGCCUUGAUUUAUCUAAAAAUCACAUCAUUACCGUACAGUCAUCAGAUUUCCCAGAUCUACCAAAUCUGAAGGAGUUAAACUUCCACACAAACAGAAUUUCACAGAUAAAAAGCUCUGCUUUUGUCAAUUUGACUUCCCUCCAGAAGUUGACUCUUAAUAAUAACAAACUUGUUAAACUCGUCGAGAAUGUUUUUGAUGGUUUGGGCAAACUCAGUGAGUUGAGACUUAACACGAACGCCAUUAAAAAAGUAUCAUCCACCUCCUUCCAGUCCCUGACAAGCCUAAAGGUUUUGGACAUUUCCUACAACAAACUGCAAAAAAUUACAACACUCUGUUUAAUCCUGCAGCAUCUGCCACAGCUGCAAGAACUGGCUGUAAAAGGCAAUGGUUUCAUAAGUUUCCAAUCACAGGAACUAACAAACCACUCACUGAAACUCCGUGCCCUGGACAUUUUUUCUAAUUCUCUCAGGGACUUCAGGUUAACUGCAGACAUCUUCCCGAACCUGACUUACUUAACUAUUGGCGACCCUUUUAGUAACUUGUUAAUGAAAUGGGACGUUAGUAACAAAACUUUCUUGAGUCAAGUGUCCAAUCUGGAUAUUAGUAGCCUUUUCAUGACAGUUGAAGACAAAGAAGCAUUACUUGAAGCAGUGAACUCGUCACUUACUUCUCUAUCACUGAACAGAAUGAAGAGAAUGAUAAACACUCUUAGUACACUCAUUAACAAUUCUUGCACCAUCCCAACAAUGUCCUCAUUGAAAAUUCGACAAAACGGACUUCAAAACAUUCAUUCCAAUACGUUUCAGUUGUGUGUUUAUGUGACUGAAUUGGAUUUAUCUGAAAACAAUCUUGAAAACAUUGAAGUGAAUGCGUUCGCAACAAUGAAAAGUUUAAAAAGUUUGAGUUUGAGUCACAACAGAUUGAUCUCAGUUCCGCCUGCAAUAGGAAAUCUGCCUAAUCUUUUAAAGUUGCAUCUCAAUGACAACAAAAUCACUGCAGUUCAAUGUCAAGAUUUUUCCAAUUUGCAAAAGCUCGUUGAGCUUAACCUGUAUAAUAACACGAUUUCAGCUCUGACCGACUGUGUUUUCAAUAAUUUAGUACAACUUCGAGUUCUAAGAUUGCAAUAUAAUGCUAUAACCAGCUUCAAUGGAGUAUUUGAAAAACACUUACCAAACCUUAAGCAAUUGCGACUGAAUGGAAACAAACUGAGCACCAUUAAGAAGGGGGAAUUUAGAGGGUUGAAGUCCCUGCUUGAGCUGUUACUACAUGAAAAUAAGAUAAAAACAUUUCAUGAAAACAGUUUUGUUGGAUUGGCAAGUCUCACUGAUUUGCAGCUACAGUCAAAUUCCAUCACUCAUAACGAAAUAAAUAAAAGGCCUUUCGAUGCACUUAAAAACCUGAGAAGAUUGGAUUUAAGCAAUAAUCGUAUCAAAUAUAUAAACAGCGAAGCUUUGCCUAAAUCACCAUUUUCUAAUCUCUCCCAUCUGGAGGAGUUGCUCAUUCCAGCUCAACACUCCAGGGGAAAAUCUUCUCUGCCUCGCAACUUAUUGCAAGGACUAACAAAUCUCCUGCGUUUCAGUGCUAGAAAUUGUCAGCUUAUCUACCUGGACAAAGACAUGUUUAAAUACACGCCUAACCUGAAAAAUCUUGACAUUAGCUCCAAUGAUUUAGACACGCUGUCUCCUGAACUGUUCUCCCACCUUCAGAACCUUAAAAGCCUCUACAUAUCCAGAACAUCUCUCCGGUCAUUAGAUUUCUUCACUGAUGCCAAUCUGACCAAGCUGGAGUUCUUGCAGGCAAGAAAGAAUCAAUACUCAGUUAUCACAAAAGAUGUAAUACAGUCUCUACCAUCUCUUGUCUACGUGGACUUUCAAGGCAACAGUUUCACAUGUGACUGUGAUAACGCCGACUUCCUCAACUGGACAAUUUCCAGCUCACAAACGCAGGUGUUUGAUGCAUAUWACUUUGUAUGCAACUAUCCAGAUGACUUUAAAGGCAAAAGGCUUUUGGACUUUGACUUAACAUCUUGUUUAUUGGAUAUUGACUUCAUCUGCUUUUUGACCAACACAUGCCUGGUCCUCUGUUUUAUGGCCAUGUCCUUCACCUACCAUUUCAUGAGGUGGCAUCUCUACAGUGCAUAUUACUUCUUGUUGGCUUGGCUCGUUGACAAAAAGCAUCAAAAAAAGCAAGCCCCUCAUCAAUACGAUGCGUUCAUCUCCUACAACACUCAUGAUGAGCCCUGGGUGAUUGGAGAGCUCCUAACAAAACUGGAAGGAGAGCAGGGCUGGAGGUUGUGUCUGCACCAUCGAGACUUUGAACCAGGAAAGCCCAUUUUAGAUAACAUCACAGAUGCCAUCUAUGGAAGCAGAAAGACCAUCUGUGUUAUCAGCCACAGAUACCUGGAGAGUGAGUGGUGCUCUAGAGAAGUCCAGACAGCCAGUUUCCGUCUUUUUGAUGAGCAGAAGGAUGUGCUGAUCCUGGUGUUUCUGGAGGACAUUCCCACCUAUCUGCUGUCUCCUUACUACCGCAUGAGGAAGCUGCUGAAAAAGCAAACCUACCUGAGCUGGCCGCGAGCGGCAGGGCACCCAGAGGUGUUCUGGGAGAAACUGCGUCAGGCUUUGCAGACUGGGGACGAUCUAAAUGAGGAAAAUGUCAACCUGAAUGUGUUACAGAUACAGUAAAGAAAAAAGAAUCAAAAUUAUUAGCUUGCGUUCCCUGGAUGUUUGGGGAGUUUUUCUUUUUUCUUUUUUUUUCUUUUUUUGUUGCAUUUGAAUUAUAAUAAUAGCAGUAUAGUAGUGUAACAGGCCAACAAAUACAAUAACAAACACAUUUAAUUUGUAUAAGAAUUAAAAUCAUUUAAUAUAAUGCUAAGUGUCGCACUGCACUCUGUCAGUGUUUCAGUCCGAUAUACAGUAUAUUCAGUUUUUCAUGCUGUUCAUGUUUGAAAAUGACAAUACAUAAAAAUGGAGUGGRCAAAUCAAAGUUUGUGCUAACACUAAGCAAUCUGCUGGCUUCCUUAGAUUGUUUUUUUUUUCUUAUUUUAUUUUUUUAUUUUUUGUACAGCGCCCUGAGACACCGUUUGUUGUGACUUGACUAUGUAAGUAUGAAUCAAAUUGAAUAGGAAACAGUCAGGAGUUGUUUCUGGAAAUCAGAAACAACCUUCACUGGUUGGUAUCAGAUUAAAUCAUUUCUUGUUCUUGAAAAUGGGAUAUACAACAAAGGGCUGAGGAGGCUGCAAAGGAACCAGAUAAGGAUGCACAAAAAGCAACGUGCUAGGAGAUGGGAAAAGGGCAAAAUAUUACCCAAGCAUGACUCUGACUUAGUAAUACAGCUGGAUAGGAAUUCAAAGACUCCAGACAUGAUAAAUAAGCACAAAGAAAACAAGGCAAAGCUUCUCACAUUCCUUCAGUUUGUAUACUGUAUACCGUAUGUUGGGAAAUUACCCACAAAACACUUAAUGUAUUGUUGCAAUGUUCAUGUGUUUGUGCUGUUUUACUUGUGUUAAGUUGUAAAUCUGUGAAAAAUGACAAGCACGUGUGCCUUUACUUCCUAACUUUCUAAUA